UCACGACAAAUGCAUGAUCCGUCCCUCUGAGAGGUAUAUAACCAAAGCAUAAGGGGAGGACCAGUAUUAUCUGUCGAGCCUUGUUGAGGAAUUAUGAAUUCGGGGCAGAGCAACCCAACUCCAGCGAUGACAAGUAGCCAGCCACUGGAGAAACCAGUGGUGGUGAUAGGGCCACAGUUCCUGGCGCAGUAUCCGGUGGAUCUCACUAUCGCCAGCAAGCUCUUGACUCUUGGAGAAAAUAAUUUUUCAGUCACUGACGUCAACGGCACUCUUAUUUUCAAGUUGAAGAGCAAGCUCUUAAGCAUCCACGACCGUCGUUUUCUGCAAGACGCCGCCGGCAAAACCCUUGCCACUCUCCGGCAGAAGAUAGCGACUGCCCAUCGGAGGUGGGAGGUUUUCAGAGGAGAGAGCACAGACGCUAAAGAUCUGCUUUUCAGUGCCAAGAAAUCAUCAAUAAUCCAAUUCAAGACGGGAUUAGAUGUAUUCUUAGGCAGUAAUACAUCAGAAAAUGUUCCUGAUUUCAAGAUCAAAGGAACUUGGAAGGAGAGAUCCUGCACAAUAUAUCUUGGAGAGUCCAAUACCAUCAUUGCACAAAUGUACAGGAGACACACUGUGAAGACGGCUCUGUUGGAUGCAGACAACUUUGCUGUGACAGUGUAUCCUAAUGUGGAUUAUGCCUUCGUGGUGGCUCUUGUGGUUGUUCUUGAUGAGAUCAACGAUGACCGCAGGGGAGAUGAUUAAAUAUUAAUAUCAUUUGUGUAUGUUAUUAUGGAAUUCCCCAACUAGCUAUGGAAAUAAAAGUGGGUUGUGCUCUGGAUUGCAGAAAAGUUCUGGUAAGAACAUGUAAUCUCAUGUCUAGUUAUGAUUAACUUGAAUGGGUGUAUCAUGUAUGUUAGGAUUUAGCUUGAAUUGCGUGCAUUUGAAAUAAGUGGUGUUGUCGUUGGCCUUUAAAAGAGUGUAAAUGAGUUGACAGAGGUUUGAAGUGCUCAACCGUUAAAUUUUUGUUCAGCUCUAGCUCCGGUUUAAAAAAGCUGGAUACGUGUUAAUGAGAGAGUUUCAUUCUA